CAACCAUUCCAACCACAACAGUCUCUGGUACCCCAGGGGCUUCCACAACCCCGUAGAGUUGUACAAAUGCCGCAGCAGGAACCUUUACGGACUCUACCACCACAAACUACACCACUGACCUUCAGCUGUAACCCGAGCAGAAUUGGACAAGUGGACGUGAUUCGUUAUGGUCGGGCAUACCACUUCUCUUGGUGUCACGACAGCGGGAGGACCUACACCUGGGAAGAAGCUGAUGGUUACUGCAGGGGGCUGGGUCAUAACUUCCAGGCGAUCAGCAUAGUAGACCAGAGCGAGGACAUCUUCAUGAAUCAAGUCCUAUCGGAAAAUCCAAUACCGUGGAUUUGGACGAGUGGCCACAAAACUUAUGACUGGUUCUGGGGCACUGGAGCCUUACUACAGUACAAUAACUGGUCCCACACAGGCGG